AUGGACACUUUUCCACCCGUAAAAGAGAUAUACUCACGAUUUGCCUGGGAGUCGGGAAACCCAAACCCCCAGUGCGAGUACUCCAAGCCUGGGUGGAAAGUCCAAAGACGGCAGCCUCGCUCCCGCUUCCGUGCAGACUCCGCUCAGCAACUUCUCCUGCAGCUCCGGUUAAAACCGGAAAACAGUCAUUGGUCCAGCCCCCCAACAAUCCCCAUAGGCUGCGCCAUCACAACAGCAAACAGCGAUUGGUCCACUCACCCGCCAGUCAAUGGCGCUUCCAGGGAGAUCACCUGCUGUCAAUCCUGGUACUGCGAAUACAUCUUGCUGGCAAGAAAGAAGGACCACCAGGUGAACAGUGUAAAUCACAAAGCGCAGAAACUGGAGAAGAACCACAGCGUGACCAAGCAGAACAUGUGGACAGAGGAAGCAACGUCCCCUUUUCCAGCAACGUCAGAGGGAAACCUCAGCUCCAUUCUGGAAGACUCCUCCCAGCAAGGGCUGAAGAACUCUGUGGAGUCUAAUGUCAGUUUCAGUGAGGAGAUAAUAGCAGAGAGUGUCCUCAAGGUAGAACCCUACAACUACAUCAUCAAUGAAGAAGACAAGUGUCAGGAAAAGGAUCCUUUCUUAGUGCUGCUGAUUACUGUUGAGCCCCAGAAUAAUCAAUCCAGGGAUGCCAUCAGGCAGACGUGGGGGAAUGAGAGCGUGGCUGAGGGCGUGGGAUUUGUACGGCUCUUCCUUUUGGGAAUAAGAGAAGGACCUACCAGCCAACUGCAGAGCUCCAUAGAGGCAGAGUCUCAACAGUAUCAUGACAUUAUCCAGCAAAACUACAUAGACUCGUAUUACAACCUUACCAUCAAGACACUGAUGGGAAUGCACUGGAUAGCAACGUACUGCCCAGGAGCUAGUUACGUCAUGAAGACGGACAGUGACAUGUUCAUCAAUACGGAAUACCUCAUCCAAAAACUUCUCAAUCCCAGCCUUCCGCCAAAACUAAAGUAUUUCACUGGACGCCUCCUGAAAGACGAGCCCCCAAUCAGAAAAAAUGACAGUAAGUGGUACAUUUCAGAAGAGGUGUACCCCGACGACAUGUACCCUCCUUUUUGCUCAGGAACUGGAUACGUCUUCUCGGGCGACCUGGCUGAGCUGAUAUACAGGACUUCUCUGAGCAUACGACGGCUGCAUCUUGAGGAUGUUUACGUAGCGAUCUGCCUUGCAAAACUGAAGAUAGAACCAGUUCCUCCGCCCAACAAAUCCCUGUUCAAUUUCAACCGGGUACCAUACUCCAGCUGCAAAUACAGCAAUCUGAUAACCUCUCAUGGGCUCCUUCCCACUGAGAUAAUAAAGUACUGGCAGGACCUGCAGACCAACAAACACAAUGCCUGCGACCAUACAGAGUAA